GAGCUGAAUACCAUCCAACGGACAGAAUCGACCUAUAAAUUUGCUUUUGGGUCAACAUUUUUGGAGAGCACCAAAAAAUCACCAGAAGUUGGUACCCAUGGCGUCGUGGGCGGCGUUGAACGUGGCUGGUGGCGACGCGCGAGCCAAUCUCACAGAGCAGCGUGCCACAGAGGAAGCUCAAGACGCCGAUAACACUGCUGUGUACGAACGAGCGCUGCGCUGCCAGCAGCAACGGCAGGCCGCGGAGGCCAAGGCGCUGUAUCUGCAGCUACUAAGCGGCCAUGUGCGCGUAAGUCCUCGCCUCGAGUAUCUAUGCAACAAGAAUGUGGCCACAAUGGAGCAAGAAGCGCAGUCUUUCGAGAACGCGCUCGAGUACUUCGCCGCAGCCUUAGCGCUUGACGCCACAGACGUCGUGGUCUGGUACCAGAUGGCCUCAACUGCCUUGGAGACGGGCAAGCUGUGGCUCGCGCGGAGGACACUGGAGGAAGGACUUAAGGUGGACGCUACAUACUGGCCAUUGGUCGAGACACUGGUCCAAGUUUUGAGCCAAAUUGGGGACGAGGAAGAGUACCAGAGAGUAGCGCAUUAUCUGCGCCAGAACGACCCUCACUGUGCGACUUUGAAGGCUCUAGACGGUCAGAAGAAACGAGCGAGGCCUCCAACGGCACGAGACUUAAAGCUGUUGAAGCGAGCGAAGAAAAAACUGCAACAUUUAGAGGAAAUCGCAGACGAUGGAGUGAAAAAGAGGAGAAAACUACAACAAGAGAUGAAUGACGAGCUGAAGACUAGGAUGCAGCCCAGGAGCUACGAGCUGCAGCAGCCAUCGUGGACAGCACUUGGGAAAUUAUUAUUGGAGGCAUUUGAAGAGAAUAACAGGAGCGAACAUGCAGAUGUAGUGCGGACGGCGGUGGAGAUAAAGACGGCAUUUGAUGAGCAGGAAGUGAAGAAGGAUGUGGAGAUAGAGAGCGAAAAUUUAGAGACGAAGGACGAGAAGGUCGAUGCAGACGAGCAAGCAAAGCAGGAUAAUCCUCCUCCAGCAAAGCGUGCGAAACACAAGGAGACAGCAAAAGUUACUGCUGCUUUGGAGACGUCUCUUUCAACAGGAAUUUCUGAUAAUGACACACAAGACAGCAGUAUUUACUUAAGUGACCUGUUGGAGCUACAGCCCAGAAGGAAGUCACGUCGUAAUGAGGAACGACUGCGAGAAGAACAUGCUGCAGCAGUGAGGAAAGCCCGCGAACAGGAUCUGGCGUAUCGACUGGGAGCGUUCCUUCCAAACUAUAUCGACAAACAAGACAGGGAGUCUACACCUGAGUCUGCUUCGAUCGAAUGGCUGCCACCUCUGAAUGUUGAGCUGGUUGAUACUGAGUUCAUCAUCUCUGAUGGCACCAAGAAAACCCUCUCGAAGACAGUAUCGUUCGUGUUAUCGUCUACAGAAGGAUCUACAAGUAAUACCGAACUGCAGUCUUCACAGACAUCUUCACGAGAACAUACAGCGCCGACGGUAUCACCGCGUGUCGAGUGUGUGACUGGAAGAAAGAUAUCGUCUUUUAUCAGCGACAAUGAAGUUUUACCUCGUGCAGUAAUGGACUGGAUACGUCACUAUCUCAACCACUGCGGUACAUGGUCCCAUUUGAAGCUUGGAGGUGACGAAGAUAUUCACCAAGUGUGUACGUGGCUGGAGAAGGCACUAAAUGGAGAACUAGAUGUCGCUAGAGUGACAACACCCACGCAAUCCUCUGUAAUUACCGUUGCAGAUCACUCUCUAACUCAAAGCAGUCGCUUCGAAGGGAAUGGAUUAACGCUCGGUGCUCAGCUUUUUCUAUUGGAACUACACUUCGAUACGAUUCUACAGCAGCCUAUCCGUGGGAAAAAGCGACGUAGGAUGAGGAAACUGGUGGAAACUCAGUUAUCUCAAGCCCAGAAGCUGCUGUUCGAGUUUGGCUGGUUGGAGGACGCUGAGGAAACGUCGAGGAGUCCCACAGGAGGCGAAUUUCUGCGAUUACUCUGGCUUAUUGCGCGCAUGUACGAGCGUUGCGGAUACCCUCAAAUGGCGCAGCACUACUUCAUUAAAUGCAGAGAGAAACUACUUGAGCUCAACGAAGACGAUGGCAACAGUGCUGCCUCAUUUCGAGUCGAUUUGCCCAAUCAAAAGACUGGAAACAAGAUCACGUUGACGAUUUUGGACGAGAAGAUCUCCGGAUUGCGCUUCUCAGACGUUUGUUCCGAGGCUCGACGCUUAUUUGAAGCUGGAGAUCAUGAUCGCGUCGUCUCGGUUCUGCUUGGACACUUCUUCCCUUCUAAUCAAUCUCCUCGAAUAGCGGAUUUUUUGAACGAAUUCGAGACUGACAACGACGAUCUGCCUCGUGGUGGCCACAGCAAAAAACUCUUCGAGAUGUUGCUCGAGUCAAUUGGUCAAAGCUCCAAGUUUACGGAUGAAGACACAGUGCUGUUCCUGCUGACUAGUCUUUACUUUGUGGUCGAUUUUCUGGAUGGAUUGGAGGUGAAGAAAGAAACAAACACGACUGAUGAAUUGAUAGAUGAAGCAUGUAUGAACGCUCUCGCUGCUACGGAUUUCUUACUAGCGCAGCUUAUCCAAAACAACUCUGAACGGAUAGCCAACCGGGACCAUCGAUUGUUGCUACGUGGACUGUGUGUGAGAUGUCUGAAGCCCUCGAUUCUCCUGCGAUUCGAUUCUCCUAACGACAUCCUGACGAUGAUGCGAACUGUGUUGGACAUGGAAGAUUGUACCGAUGACGAUAGAAGGAUUGGAGUGGAUGCCAUGGCUCGACUGCUGCACGUGAUUCGGUCGCUAUCGUGUGAAGAAUUCCGAAAUUUGUUCACGCUGGUGCCUCAUCCUGUAAAGAGGAAGCAGCCACGUCGUGAUCGAAUUCGGGUGGUUCUCGAGGAAUUACUACGCUUCUUGAACAGAGCCUUUCAGGCCGAUAAGGAACUUGCGGCAUCAUUUCCGCUGCUGAAACGAUCUGCCCUUAUGACGUUGUGCUGUACAUUGAUGAAAGAAGAGGAAGAGACGAUGGCUCGAAGUGAUGCCAAGACACCAAAGCAACUGUUUGGCAACGGAGCCAUCUUGUUCGUGCUCCUGUUUGAGAGUUGCUAUCGACCAGAUCCAACUACGUUACCUACUCAACUGGUCAAGUUGAUUCAUCUUCUUCACGAGCGACUCGGACAACAUGGCAUCUGCAGCUUGACGUACUUUACUGAGACUUCUGGAGAUGCUUGUAAGAGCGCGUGCUUCCUCGAGACGUGCACAGUGCUGCUGAGCAAGUUCGUCCAGCAGAAGACAAGCGUUCGGGACAGCACAAAGUCUUCGAUUAAAUCCGAUGAAGACAGUGCUGAAGAGGACGAAGAAGAAGCUCAAGAUCGAUUCCAAAACGAGGUCUGUCAGUGCUAUCGUUGCUUGUACGAUGUGCAGGUUCUACCUGGAUGUGAAGACCACAAAACGGGGACCAGUUUUACGUCACUCCAGAGCGCAAAACAGUCUGUUAAACAUGAGGACGCGCUGCGUUUGGCUCGCUUUGCGGUGCCGAUUCUGUUAGCUACAAAGCCGAAGAACAAUGGUCAGAAGAAAGAGCGACUCAAGCUCCUGUAUGCUGUACGAGAUGCCCUCUCUGACUCAAGCUUCGCUGCACUCUCAGUACAUCCAGCUACGGUCUCUCCACUGUUAGAGACGUAUCUAACGCCACGCGGUCUGCUACAGGGAAAUGUCUCCCCACCGUUCCCUCUUGAUACCAGCAACGUGACAGCUACGUCGACGGAUGAAGCCUGUUUGGACCAUUUAUGGUACUUGAUGGGGGCAAAUUUCAUUCUCGGACGUGUCAAACGACGAGGAAAUCUUGGAGAGUUGACGGAGAUGGAGCAACAUGUACGAGAACGGGUGGAGUUUUUGAUGAAAGACGUGUUGUAUUACCAUCCGGAUCGAAUCGACUCGUGGAUUCGUUUGGGAAAGACAAUGAAGGAACUGUAUCAUGCUGCUACGGAUGCAUUCGCGGCUGUGCUCGGACGGAAGCUUCGAAUCCAAGCAUUCCAGUGGUAUACAGCCAAAUUCGCCACAGACUCGUUGGAAAGCACUCAAGGACAGAGUGACUCCGACAUGUUUUCGUUCAAGAACGUCGUAUUGGGUUGGGAUUUGUUCAAGAGAAUCAAAGAGUGGCAAGGUAAAGACAACGAUGGACACAAAACUGGCAUCAAGCUCUCUAAAGAUCCAAAAGAAGAGUCCAAAGAGAGUGCUGUCCAGGACCAAAUACCUCAGAACAAGAUCCCCAUUGAAGAGUUUGCCACGACAUAUAUCACACAAGUGAUUGAGUUUGCUAGAAGAUGCUUCGAGAUGGCUGCACGACUGGCUGAAGAGGCCGUUAAGAAGCACAAGGCAAUGUUACAAGACAAAAGUGAUGAAGAUGAUGACGUUGAUGAAGAGCUGGAUGAAUUGCAAAACAAGAUUAUCGAGUGCAACGAAGAGUGCGGCUUGCUGCUGUAUAAUGUUUUACAGGAGUAUUCUCUAAUGAAGGAGAUGAACCUCGCACUGUUUCCUCGUGAUGUGUAUUCACGUUUAGUCACGAAGACGCUCGCAUACUUCCGCCGAGGUCUGGAGAUCUGUGAGUCCAACGAGGACGCCCAUGAAGAUCACUUUCGUCUGCUCUACAUGAUCGGCAAGACGUUGAAGAAAAGACGAUGGUGCGAGCUGCGUCUACAACAGUCAGACCCAGAGGCAUUAGCGACUGCAACGGAGAUGGCUGAUUGCUUCUCUAAAGCCGAAGCUGCUCGCGAAGAAGGCGACAGGGAGCACGCUCUCGUUCACGCAUUUUAUUCGCUUCAAGCAUUGCGGAUAGACCUCACAGUCAGCGAGUCUCCGUCUACAGCGGCGUUGCGCUUGGUAUGUAGCCAUUUUUACGAAGAAGAUGAAGAGGAAGACGACGAUAGUGUCGACUCCGCUGGUGAUGAGAAGAACAGCCAGGCAUCAACCGUCUCUGAUACUGUGAAGGACACCAGCUCCAAGACUACAGAGCCCGAUACUAACACCAGCUCGAGGAAGGACGAGGUUCUUGCGCUGCUAUUGGAAGCUGAACGUGAUGAUUCCGUGCGUGAAUUAAACGUCACUCUCGCUCGAGGUUGGCUUGCUCUGAAUAUUAUCGAGGCGCUGGAGUCCAUUCCAGACGAAGACCGAUACUUCCAUCCGUCUCGUUAUGUGCUGGCACGUAUCGUGUACUGGCUGUCGACUUACUAUUCGGCGCUUGAGCAAAGUACAUACAAGAACGACAACGUUACCGCACUGCUCAAUGCGUUGCAAGCUCGUCGAAGCGAAGACAAAGUCGUGGGUCCUUCUGACGCAGCAGCAAGAGCGUUAAAAGAAAUGGCUCCCAUCUUCGACAAGAGGCGACCGCAGGUUGUAGCGAUCUGGUUUUCCGAAUACAUUCCGACAGCGAAGAAGUUUGAGGAGCUGAAUCAACGACAAAUGAAGUAUGAUUAUUAUCGACUGAAGUACUGGCGAUUCUACAUCGCUCUGCUGCGAGAGAAUGCUGCGUACGGAAGGCUGAAGGAAGUGGGAGCUUGGGUGCUGGCGUGCAAGGAAGAGCACGAUGUGAUUGAUAUCAUGCUUGGUAUAGUACUGGAAGCACGAGGUAAAGUGCUUCGCAGCAGACUCCAAGAGUUCAUUGACACAACGGAGAGAGCUGAGAUCGAUAGACCGAUGAAUGUGAUGACUCCGAGCCAAUUACCAGAAAGCCAACCAGUGGACGCGCUACUUAAGCAGCUAGCCAAGACGUAUACUUACUAUCUGGAAGUGCUCAGUGCUCAGCAACGUCUAAAGCAGGUGAUGGACAACUGCGGGUUGUUGUUGGAGAACGCUGAGCUUCCUAUGGUAGCCUUGUUCUUCAUGGGAGCUAUUAAGUACCCGACAGAUAUCUGUCUAUUGGAGAAGGACGCAAUGAUUCUGGAUCGAGAUUUUAACGCCAACGUCACGGCUAUCAUGAACGCUCUACGUCGGGACGAGCUGCCUCCUCGUAUCUUUGAUGCUCUAGGCAGAGAAGCGUGGAAGGCCUUUUUAGACGCUGCACGGUCGUUCUGCGAAGAUAAGUGGCCUGAGCGUUCAGGUAAAGGCAAGCCAAGUAAGAAGCACACGCGACCGAAGGCAGCCAAUGCUACAGCUCCGUCGAAUGUUGCAGCUGCUAGCCCUGCUGUCCCCAACUUAAGCCCGGCAGCUGCAAUCGGACCGAGUUAAGUCGUUAAGGUAAUAAAGGUGCACUGAAGAAUUUAUUAUGUACAAUGAUCCUCACUUUUGGCUCUAAGAAGAGUGCAGUCCGUGGUCCAGCAGCACGCAGUGGAUAUCCUGCUCCACGCGGCGAAUGUGCUCUUGAAUGGCAGUCGGAUCCGUAUCAUUCGCGUGGCUCUGGAAACCCUGCAACAGAACCAACAACGUGCCAUAGUUAACUCUGCUGCUGUAACAAC